GACAGUAGCAGAGAUCGGGCACUCGCCUCCAAGAUAGACGUGCGCCUUCGUUGACCAAGGUUCCUCUGCCGCUUGCUUGGAGUUUGCACGUUUUCCCUUCUGAUGGUCAGCAAACAGUAAUCAAAAAAAAACUGCUGGAGGAACUCAGCAGUUAAUAGGUAAUCCGGUUGUUUAGAGGAGCUGCGAGUCGUUCGCCGUUUCCAGCAGGACUGAGCGGGAUGCAGCGACACCGACUCGGCGCCGUUGCCGUUUGGCUGCUUCUGUCCGUCGUUGACUGCAAACAACUUACCAUUUCGGUCGAAAGGACGCUGAUCAAUGCGGCAGUCGGGGACACGGUGAUGCUGAAUGUGACGCAGUCUCAGUCUGUGAAGAGAGUUGUCUGGAAGCAUAACGGAGCGCCCAUUGUAACUUGGAGGCAGAAGAUUACAGAUGUUAAUAAUAAUUACAAGGGUGGCGUUGAGUUAUCGCUCCCGAGUGGAUCCCUCUGGUUAAAGUCAGUGAGUCUAGCAGACAGGGGAGAGUACGUUGUCACCAUGACUCCCAGCAGAGGAAGUUCCGCAGAUGCGAAAAUGAAUCUGCAAGUAUUUGAACCGAUUUCCUUCGUGCGCAUUUCGACCACUGUUGAAAAUCCGGUGAAAAUAAAUUGCUGGACCUUUCUGACCUGCGAGGUUACUGGCAAUUUUACCCGCAUUCUUUGGACUGUCGGCGACGCGGCUCUUCAGAGUAACGCAAGAACAAUUUUAGCCUCGGAAAAUGUCACAGUGAUAAUACUUGGCGUUACAACGGCCGAUGCUGGCGAAUACCGGUGCAAUGCAAGCAGCCCCAUUAGUCAAGGGGCAAGCGAGGUCUACAUUUUGAAUGUUAGCGGGUCCACGCAGUUGGAAGCUGAAGCACUCGUCAGCAUCGCGGCGGUUAUGGGCAUGAUUGCGCUCCUGGCUCUGAUCACGGUGGGAGUUCUGGUCCACAGGAUAAGGCAACUGGGGCGGAAAAAGUCCGAAACCUAUACACUAGCUACCAUAAGUGAGAGGUUGUCCACGCUGCCCGUGUACGAUAACUACAUUCCAUCAAUUGAUGACAGAAAAGAACGUGGAAACAAUGAUCAGCCAGAUUCUCAGUACAUGGGUCUUCAAUUCAGACGGGAGUCCGUGUAUGAUCAGCUUAAGAGACAGUCAACGAAUCGUGUAUGAUUCCCUCUCUGAUUAAACAUUCCGCUGGAGGAUAUGAGAGGAAGAUUGAAGUCUUACUUCACCGACGUUCUUCCACAAUAGCCGGGCGAGGCGGGGUAUUUGCAGCGACUCCAAUCCAUUCAACACGAUUCUAGCAGAGAUCCCACCCCAUCUGUUGGUCUCACGGAAGGAGUGCUUGUCCCCUGCGCUGUUUCGAUGCAUAUUCACGCAAAUUUAAUUUAGGAGCAGGUUUAGCGAUACGAAUCAGGCAUAAUGUAAACCCUCCCAUCGAGGACGCAGUUUCAUUGAAAUCAGUGCAACUGAACAUUGUCUGUUUGAACGUCUGCUUGCUUCAGAUUUCCUUUCUUAUGUAUUCUCAAGAUUCGAUUCAAAUUCGUUUGUUAUAAACAAGUUGCAAUGAAAAUUCCUUGCUUGCCUGAAGCUCACAGAGUAAACAGUAUCCAUGUUAGUAAUAAAUGCAAUAAAUGCAUCGACGAGAGCAAAACAAUAGAUGGUGCAAAGUACAACAGUGCGAUCUGAAGUGGUGCAAAAAGUAAUGCUAACGUGACAAUAACGGGACAACCAACAGAGCGGUAGGGUUAGGUGUUCGAGAACGUGGCAGCACCACUGAGAAGGGGGAGUAAAAGAGGGGCUUGGUUCAGAAGUCUGACAGCAGUGGGGAAGAAGCUGUUCUUGAGUCUGGUCGUCCGGGCUUUCAAGCUCUUGCAUCUUCUCCCGGAAGGUAGAAGAGAGAAAAGGGAAUGGCCGGGGGCCAGGCAUCCUUGACCACACUUCAUCUUCCUAAAGCAGCGCACCGUGAAGAUGAACUGAAGAUCCGU